CCCUCCCAGGCCGGAGCAAGUGAUCGCAAUAAUCCCACCCCCGCAAAAAAACACAAAACAUUAAUCUCUUCGUCCUCCAGGAUCGCCUUCCUUCCAGUCUGCAAAGCUAAGACCUUCCCACGGAUUAGCAUCUGCACUGAGAGAAGUAGAAGGACCUGUUCGUUCUGUUCCAUUGGCUCCUUCAGAGGAGAUGAACGUACAAGGCUCUGUUGGCGCUGAAGCCGAGAGACAGCCAAAGGACAUGGAGGUUUGGAGGAAUGAGGAAUUCCCCAGAAGAACUGCGCAGACCAACCUCCAUGGAGACUCUUUCGGCCCCGAUGUUCAGCGCCAGCCUUUCCGGGAGUUCUGCUACCAGGAAGAUGAGGGGCCCCGGGUGGUUUGCAGCCAACUCCACCGUCUCUGCCGUCAGUGGCUGAAGCCAGAAAAACACACCAAGGCUGAGAUGCUGGACCUGAUUGUCCUCGAACAGUUCUUGAUUGUCCUCCCACCAGCGAUGAAGAUCUGGGUCAGAGAGUGCAAGCCGGAAUCCACUUCCCAGGCCGUGUCCCUGGCGGAAGGUUUCCUCCUGAGCCAGGCAGCGGAGAAGAAGCAGGAGGAGAAGCUGUUGAUAGUCCUUACAGUGGUGCCCCGCAAGACGAUUACCUCGCCGGACAAAAAACUCGCUAGAUGAAUGGAUCCGGCGAGGGUUUUGGUACCUCACAAGAUGAUUUUUCCUGUGGGCCCUGUUUGGCACCGGGAGGCUUUUGAAAGCGGUGCUUUGCUGGGGGGGCGGAGUGUGUGUGCUCUUCUCUGCUCCCUCCCUGCCUCAUAGCUG